UUGUUCAGGUCUUUGGAUGAGGAUUCUCGGUUCUUGCGAAAGGAUGUCCGACAUUGGCACAGCAGAUGUUCAGAUUCUAAAUGUUUGAUCAUUAUAGCUACAAUGCAAACAGAUGCACAGACCAGGUUUGUGUCAAAGCCGCAAACGCAUACAAAUGAGCUUAGCAAGACUUCAUAACCUUUCCUGUGAUUCUUCUGUCUGAACGCGCGAACAGCUGGUGCUCAGGAUGACAGAAGCUCCGUUGCACACAGGAUCAUUUUGGUCAGAACACAUGAAGCAGAUAUACUAGAGGCUAUUGAUUUUUAUUGUGGUGGUACGGUGGUAACUUUCCCUAAAAAUCUAGGAACAAACUCAUUAGUGCGAGCCCUUCUUCAAGGAAGCCCCCGGCCCUCAGGCGGGGGGAGCUGGGAGCUUCCUUGAAGAAGCGUGAGCUAUUAUGCGUCCAGUUACUAGAGUGUUACUCCCCUACUUAAUCAAGUCGCCGCCUACAUAAUGAAGUAGGAGCGAGCCAAAAAAGAUAAACACAUAACACACAACACAAAAGAAGAAAAGGUUUGCCAAGCUUUUGAGUUCUGAGUUGAUGCAAUGCCACUUUCUUACUUCCUUUUUGCAGUAGUAGCAGGUAGACGCAGACCAUCCAAGGUGGUGAGAUUGCUCAGAAGGAGCUAGUCUCCUUUUGCAAAGAACGAGGUGGCACUCUGGAUCCUAGAGUGUUCUAGCGGAAGCAAACUGGACCAAUCAUCAUGUCGGAUGUUCGUUUCUUUGCUUGACACUCAUUCGAGAGCAUUUCAUUUAGAGCUGUAUUGAAGCACAUCCCAAUGUGGCUAUUGACAGCCUGGCCACUAACUUUUUUCUCUCACACUCACACAACCCUUGUGUUUAUGUAUUUGACUCUUUGACUACAGAUGUGCUUCUGUCUAGGUGGUGCUUGACACAAAAAGCUUUACUGUCCAUCAUUGCAGGUUUGCCUUUGGCAACAAAGAAGGACCAACAGCAGCUUCUGGGUUUCAUCAAUGAAGCACGCGCAACGGCGCUGACCAGCGGUGUUCCUCCAGAGCAGUGUGGUCCUGAAGGCUCUGCAGCCGUGACUUUCAUGGUUUUCAUCCAUCUGCAACGCAUCCUGCAGACGCACCAGGACAAGCUGCGUGCUUCGGAAUUGCGUUCUAGCGGGGGUGGACUGCAGCUCUCCCAGACAGAGGUGGAUGAGCUCUCCAACGCCUUCCGCGAAGGUGUCAAAGCUGAGCAGAAAGGAAAACUACAGGGCGAUCCCAGCAAGGCCACCCUGAGUAUCAACGGGAUCUGGAGUGUCCUGAACAAGCUUGGCGUGACCCUGACGCCCAUUGAAAAGGAAGAGGUGAAGGUGAAGCUCUUUAUGGAUUGCGGGAAUGUCUUGGACCUUUCUGCCUUCAUUCGGGUGGUUGGAUGGCUUGCUGCUGCAAAGCAGAGCAGCGCUGAAAUCCAGAAGCACUGACUGACAGUGUUUCCAUGACUCUUUUUCUAGGCCAUGAGCCGUUUUGGGCCUGCGCCGGCCAAUGAGAUCUACGCGAUCAAAGAGCCAACCGCAGCUCCCCAAC